UGUAAUGGACUGUUUGGUUCUCACUUUCUCCUUGUCUGUGUGCCGGUGGUCUUUCGAUGGCCACUGAUCUCUAUACUGUGUAGAAGUGGAGGGACAACCUCAUCAUCAGCAAUGUUCAGCACUCUUUGCAACAACUCAUGAACUCCCUGGGUCUCAUCGCCCGAAAUGGUAAAGUCCCUCAAAACCCAAUCUUGCAAUCUCAUCCACCUCCGUAGUCACUACCCUAAAUUUGCAUCUCUUGAAUCCCGAAACUUGUCUUCAAAACCCAACGUUUCUUCCCAGUUCCAAUACUCACCAAACCCCCCUGAAGAGACCCACCUCCCAAAUAUAGUCCAUAAAAUCAGUGGAAUAUUAUCUUCACUUGAUUGGCGUAAAAGCUCAGAACUAAAACAUUUGAGCUCUAAUCUCCAACCCCAUCAUGUUGCUAAAUUUAUUGAAACCCAUAGAAGCACGGACUCAGCUUUGCAAUUCUUCUAUUGGAUCUCUAAGAGGCCUUUUUACAAGCACAAUAUGGACUGUUAUGUAUCGAUGUUAAACAGGCUUAUCCGUGAUCGAAUUUUCACACCCGCCGAUCAUGUUAGGAUUCUGAUGAUAAAGGCAUGUGAAAAUGAGGAAGAAAUUGGAAAGGUCAUCGAUUAUUUGAAUGAAUAUAGUGGAAAAGGUCUUGGGUAUAGUUUGUAUAGUUGUAAUACUUUGUUGAUUCAAUUGGGUAAGUUUCAGAUGGUUGGCGCAGCUCAAAAUGUAUAUAAGCAAAUGUUGAUUAGUGGGAUUAAGCCGAGUUUAUUGACUUUUAAUACAAUAAUUAACAUAUUGUGCAAGAAGGGUAAGGUUCAAGAGGCUGAAUUGGAGGUAAGUAGGAUUUUUCAGUGUGAUUUGAAUCCAGAUGUGUUUACGUAUACUUCUUUGAUUCUUGGGCAUUGUAGGAACCGUAAUUUAGAUGCGGCAUUUGAGGUUUUUGAUAGGAUGGUGAAGGAAGGUUGUGAUCCAAAUUCGGUUACAUAUUCGACUCUAAUAAAUGGGCUUUGCAAUGAGGUGAGGGUGGAUGCGGCAAUGGACAUGCUAGAGAAAAUGAUUGAGAAGAAAAUUGAGCCUACAGUAUACACGUAUACUGUUCCAAUUACUGCAUUAUGUGCAACUGGGCGUGUGAAGGAGGCUAUUGGUCUUGUGGCCAGCAUGAAGAAGAGGGGUUGUCAGCCGAAUGUGCAGACAUACACGGCUUUGAUUAGUGGGUUAUCUCAAUUGGGGAAUCUGGAGAUUGCAAUUGGAUUGUACCACAAGAUGUUGAGAGAUAGUUUGGUUCCAAACAGGGUCACAUACAAUGCAUUGAUCAAUGAAUUGUGUGUAGGAGAAAGAAUUGGUGUGGCCAUCAAGAUUUUCAAUUGGAUGAAGGGACAUGGUAAUUUGCCAAACACUGAAACUUACAAUGCAAUUAUGAAGGGAUGGUGCAUAGUUGGUGACCUGGAGAAGGCAAUGGUCCUUUUUAAUGAAAUGCUAAAGGUGGGUCCCUCCCCAACAGUUAUUACAUAUAACACGCUCAUUAACGGAUACCUCAAAAAGGGUAAUCUAAAUAAUGCUAUGAGAUUGUUGGAUUUGAUGAAGGGGAAUGGAUGUGAGCCAGAUGAAUGGACUUAUGCAGAACUUGUGUCUGGGUUUUGCAAAGGGGGCAAGCUUGACUUGGCUUCAACUCUAUUCAGUGAAAUGAUGGAGCGAGGCUUGAGCCCAAAUCAGGUCAAUUAUACCUCUUUGAUUGAUGGUUACAGUAAGGAAGGGAAGGUAGAUUUUGCCUUGUCAUUGCUUGAAAGAAUGGAGGAAGUUGGUUGCAAUCCAAACAUCGAAACUUAUAAUGCCAUUCUAAAUGGUUUGUCCAAGGAGAAUAGGCUUUCUGAAGCAGAGAAACUGUGCAAUAAAAUAACAGAAAGGGGGCUCCUCCCAAAUGUCAUUACAUACACUACUUUAAUUGAUGGGCUCUGUAGGAAUGGUGGAACACAUCUUGCAUUCAAGAUUUUCAAUGAAAUGGAAAAGAGAAAUUGCUUGCCAAAUCUGUACACUUACAGUUCACUCAUCCAUGGGUUAUGUCUAGAAGGCCAGGCUGAUGAUGCAGAAAUGUUGCUUGAAGAAAUGAAAAGAAAAGGAUUAGCUCCUGAUCGGGUAACAUAUACCUCAAUAAUUGAUGGAUUUGUAAUGCUGGGUAGGCUAGAGCAUGCAUUUUCACAUCUUCGCCGGAUGAUUGAUAUUGGCUGCAAACCAAACUACAGAACCUAUUGUGUGUUGGUGAAAGGGUUGCAACAAGAAUGUCAAUUGCUUGUAGAAAAGGUUGCAGUGCAACAUGAAGCAGCAUACAGUUGCAAUUCAGAUGAGAAGGAUGUCAGUUUUGAAAUUUUAUGUAGUCUUUUAGUUAGAAUGUCAGAGAAUGGAUGUGAACCCACCUCAGAUACCUACAGCACCUUAGUUGCUGGCCUGUGCAGAGGAGGCAAAAGUCACGAGGCAGAAAAAUUGGUAAAAUAUAUGGACGAGAAAGGCUUGUAUCCUAAUGAAGAGAUCUAUUGCUGUAUCUUAGGUGAUUAUUGCAAGAAUUUUAGAGUGGACCAUGCUCUAAAUGUAUUUAAUUGGAUGAUCCUGAGAGGCUUUAAGCCUCAGCUAUCAGUUUACAGAUCACUUAUAAAUGCUCUCUGCAAAGCAAGCCGGGUAAAAGAAGCUCAAACUUUGUUUGAAAACAUGCUUGAGAAGCAAUGGAACCCCGAUGAGAUUGUUUGGACCAUCUUGAUUGAUGGGUUGCUCAAGGAGGGAGAACUAGAUGCAUGCAUGAAACUUCUUCACUCAAUGAACUCGAAGAAUUGCAAUCUCAAUUUUCAGACCUAUGUAAUCUUGGCUAGAGAAUUGUCCAAAGUAGACAAAACUGCCGAUACAAAUCAGGUUGCUGAAAAAUUGAGAUUUCUGGGGAAUAAGAAAGCAGGCUGAGAUUUCCUUAAUGAAUCAAGACAAAUAACAUGUGGUUCUUUCUCCCAGAAGAGAGAUGGGUCUCUGUAAUGGCCUCGACAGUCUGCUGGCGGAGGUGCCAGUACUUCCACCAGUAUACUGACUUUUGAGUUGCACUCGCUUUGCUGCUCUAUCAACCAACAAAAUGAAAUUCCACUGAAAGUGUACCCAAAUCUGUCUGACUUUGGAAUGUUGUAGCAAUCAAUGACGAGUGAGCUUUUGGCCCAAAGCUGAUCAUUACCAGGGAAAUCUUAGAUGGGACUGAUCUAACAGAUGGGCAUUUGCUGUCAAUCAAGUCCAGGUCGUGUCAAUGGAUAAUGUGCUUCGACCCUAAUUUUUCUGGUUUACCAAAGGUUUAUGUGCACUGCCCUUAAAUUUUUGGCACAUUAUGGACCUAAAUUUGGAGAAUUUGACUUUCUUAGAAUUUUUUUUUGCAGGAUCAGAUUUACAGCUUGGGAUGUUGCCUGUGCAUAGAGGUACUUAUAAAAUACCCAUAUGGAAUUAUUUUUUUGUUGUAUACCUCAUUAAAAAUUAAUUCUUUUUCCUUCAAUGGAUCUAAUCUCCAUAUACACACUCUUUCACGAUUAAUCUAAGGCCAAUUCUUUGAUUUGAUUUUACCAUAGCAAUGUAACCAUAACUUUCUAUAUUAUCAACAUAUUACCGCCUUUUGGAUUCCUGACCUGAAUGACCUUGUUGGAGAGCUUGACUAGGGCUGUUACAACUCAACUCAACAAAGCCUUGUCCCAAUAUUUUUGGGGUUGGCUGCAUGAAUCCUUUUUCGCUAUUGUGCUCUAUCAUGGGCCAAAUUUCUUUUUAUUCUCACACUGACCAUAUUCCAUUGCAUGGCCAUUACCAAUUGAGUUUGAUUGAUCAACAUAUAAUUAGGAUCACUUGUUGGAUAUUAAGAUAGAUGUGUGGUAGAGCCGGAGAAGAAUGAAUUAGAAAUCAGUAUAUUUGUGAAACAAGCAAUAGCAAUAAGGGAUAAACAUUAAACUAAAAGAAGAAUCAAUUUAGAUGGUUUGAACAUGUUUAUACAGGAAAUGUUACUGUACCAGUAAAAAGUGCAAGGUAAUUCCUAUUAAUGGAAUCAAUAUUUUGUCCACUUCAUAUUUUAGAGGUUUAAGCAAACUAUUCACUAUUCACAUUUUGUUACUUUAAUGGUGCUUUUGGGAACAUGAAUUUGAAUUUGAGGAUGGAAAUAUGGAGCUGCUUUUGUAAAAACUGUAUCUUCCUGAUCAAAAACAGAAGUGUUGUGAAUUCCAUGAUACAGUUGACAAAGCCAUCUACUUCUAAGGAUAAUGAAAUAACAUUCCUACUUACGCUCUGACAUUAAUUGACAGCGCAAUAGUUCCAUGUGAGAUAGUUACACCGAAUAUAUGAUGUCAUCGUUGAGAACAUUGUUUGUUAUAUGAGGUUUUUUAGGGUGGUGUUCAACAGCGGCAGCCCAGCACAUGAUUCUAAUUGUUAUUACUAUGCAAACUUGUGCAUCUUUGGAACAGCUCUCUCUUCUUGAUAAAAUAGAUGUACAUUAGAAUGAGGUACUCUAUCAUAUCCAGAAUAUAUAUUAAGAUAUCGUAGCUUGCCAUUUAAUAGAAAAUAUAAACCUUCAUAGAACCCAAUGCGUAGUUGAUCCCAAACAAUCAGGAUGAGGAUUUUCGGGGUUGAGUUGAGUUGAGUUGCUAGAUGCUCUCGUGGCUUAUCAUAAGAUAACAUGACAAUUUCUUUAAAUUGUUUCCCGAAUGAGGACCAGUACUUUGGGCUUGUGUUAGUGAAUCUCGAUAGAAACUAACAAUGGAAUGUAGAGUUUACCAUCUCCUUCUCGGAGAUUGGGAAUCCAUUGUACUAUGAGGGUGGUGAUAUUUGCUGAAACUUAUCCCAAGAUGACAGGCUGGUUUUACAUUCUUUCCUGGGAAGUCUUGUAACAGUUCCAAUUCUCUUUGGAAGAAGUCAUCCGCAUAGACUGCACUAUCUUGAAGUGGUAUCCUGAUCACUACCCUGUAUAUCUGUUGAACAAGUACAGAAGUGCAUACAUCAUACUAGCUCCCAAUAUUUCACUGUACUUCAUUUACACAAAUGGAGCCUUGAGGAAGGAUCAAAACUCUUGACAUUAUAAAACACGCCAUUGAUCCUGCGCUCUACCAUGGUUCUAGAACACUGCUUGCAUUUUUGUUUGGCUUGUAGCAAACAUUGGAUGUUUCAGUGACCCCCACAGAAGCUGCACCAGAUUGUAGAAAACAGCUUCAU